AUGCUCGUAUCUACCAUUUGGAAUGACCCUUGGAAACGCAUCGCAGCCUCUGCGGGCCUCGUGGCAACCUAUCUCGUCAUAGUGGCAUCUCUACGUUUCCAACGCCUGCGCUACAUAAAGCGACAAUACCACAAAUACUCUCGCCGCUCGGACAUGUCCAGCAUGACCAUCCACGACGCAUGGGCCAUCCAGAAACACAUGCUGCAGCUGGAGUUCCCGACCGCCGCGCUGAAGGCUCUCCAGUUUGCUCUGUUCCGCACCUACGGCAUUCCAACCAUCUCCUCCCUCCUGCUCAAAACCUCCCAGUUUGCCAACCCCUCGACGUCCUUCAAGCGCUACGCCGACACCGGUGCCCUGAUCGGCCAGUUCAUGGCCUUCGAGCCGACCUCCGACCGCGCGAUCACCGCCAUCGCUCGCACAAAGUUCCUGCACACUGGGUACCGAGCGAGCGGUAGCAUCCUGGAGGAUGAUAUACUCUACACGCUGAGUCUGUUUGCGCUCGAGCCGAUCCGGUUCGUGGGGAUGUUUGAGUGGCGGCGCAUGAGUGAGUUGGAGCGCUGUGCGAUCGGCACCUACUGGAAGUAUAUCGGCGAUGCGCUGGGGAUCAGUUAUGCGGGUUUGCCGUCGGGGAAGACGGGAUUUCGCGAUGGAUUGCACUUCCUGGACGAAAUGGGUGAGUGGAGUCGGAGGUACGAGGAGGAGAAUAUGAAGCCGAGCACGGUGAAUAGGGACGUGGCGGAUCGCACGAUGGAUAUCCUCGUUUAUCCGCUGCCGAGGGUGUUGAGGACGUUCGGGGUUCGGAUUGCGUCGUGCUCGAUGGAUGAGCGGUUGAGGGAGGCCAUGAUGUAUGAACGACCCUCGUGGAUCUAUCGGUUCAUUUUCUCGUCCCUGAUGGACAUGCGCAAGUUCUUUCUGCGAUAUUUAUCCCUCCCUCGGCCGUAUUUCCUCCGCUCGGAUGUUUUCACCGACCAGCCGAACGAAUACGGUCGCUUUUACGUGCGCGUCUGGGUCGCUGCGCCGUACUAUGUGCAGCCGACUUUCUUGAAUCGAUGGGGUCCGGGGGCGUGGGUUAGUCGCAUGCUGGGGUUGCCGUUGCCAGGGGAUGAGGGUGAUAAAUACUAUCCCAAUGGAUAUGACACAGCGGAUCUGGGACCGAAGUAUUUCGAAGGAAGGGGUCGGAAGACGGAGGCGAGGGUGCCGCCGAACCGAGUGCAUAUUCUGGAGGCGCUGAGCGUCGCGGGCGGAAGUACGGCGAACGGUGGAGACGCGGAGAAUGGUUAUGAAUACCGGACUGGCGCGAUGCCGGCGUUUAAUGAUGUGUGCGUAGAGGAUCUGCUCUCGCUGGUGCCGUCAAAGUCGCGGGAGGGCAAGACUGCUCUCGACGAUAUCCUGGAAUAUGACGAUGUUCAUCCGCUGGAAGAAGGGCCGGGAACGAGGUUCCUUGUCCAGAAAAGCAAAGGCUUGGGUCGCAUCGAGACGAAGCGCGUCAGCCUGGGCCUGCGAGAUCGCAUGGACCUAUUUAUGCUGGCGUCGAAGACCGAGAAGUCGUUGGGGAGAUCGCGCAUUCAGGAGUAUUUCAGUGAGAGCUUCUUCCGGAGUAACUUUUGGUUGCUGUUGGCGACAACAUUCGGCUUCCAGCCCUGGCACAGCGCCGCUGAAUUCCGCCGCUACGUUGGUCGCUUCAUGCACGAUAUUCACGAACUCAACACCCCCCGUCCGAUCGAUCGAGGCCACUUCAAUCGACACGACGCCAUCACCUCCCCCGUGGCGCACUUCCUCGAGUCUCGCGGUGUCGACUUCCGCUUCCACACAAAAGUGACAGACAUCAUCAUGGAACCGCACAACGAGUGCGGCCGCGUCUCAGCCAUCAAAUACACCCGGGACCAACAACCCGAACAGAUCAUCACAUUAGGAGGGAACGACAUCGCCAUCGUCUCGCUUGGCUCCGUCAUGUCCGGCGCAACAACUGGCACAAACAUAUCCCCUCCCUCCCUUGAACUAAUGGAGAUCGAAAAAGACCUCGACGAGAACUGGCUCCUCUGGCUCGAGCUCAGCACCAAACACCCCAAGUUCGGCAACGCGUAUAACUUCUGCACGCGCAUGCAGGAAUCCCGUCUCGAGACCUUCACAGUCACCCUUCGCUCUGACACCUUCUUCAAGUCCUUCGUUGACCUCACAGGCGAUCAACCGGGCAGCACCUCAUUCGUCACCCUCAAAGACAGCGCCUGGCUAAUCAGCCUCAGUGUCCCCAACCAGCCUCUCUUUCCGGACCAGCCGGCCCAUAUCCAAGUCUUCUGGGGCUAUGCCCUGCACCCGGACAAAGAGGGGGACAUUGUCAAGAAGCCGAUGCUCAAUUGUUCCGGGGAAGAGAUCAUGACGGAGCUCCUGCAUCAUCUGAGGUUUCCUACGGAGGAGAUUAUUCCCGAAAGCAUCACCAUCCCGUGUGUUGUUCCUCGCAUGACGGCUACGCUGCUGCCCAGGGCGAGUGAGGAUCGGCCGCAGGUGAUUCCGGAGAGGAUGACAAAUCUAGGUCUGAUUGGGCAGUUCGUUGAUAUCGAUGAGGAGGUGGUCGUGACAACGGAUUAUGGUGUUCGAGGGGCGCAGAUGGCCGUGUAUAGGUUGAUGGGGAUGGAUCGGGAAAUGCGAAAAUCGAAGAGGAGCUCGGCGAUUAAUUUAUUAGGCUUGUUAUAG